GCGCGGAAGGCGCCCAAACAACCUGUUAAGUGCCCUAGUAAACAAAUAAAUUAAAUACCUUCGUCUCCCUCCCAGCACCGUUCAGCAAUCGGGUGAAAUCAACCAAAAUUCUUAAACUUUUCAGGGUUUACGAGCAUCAAAUUGGAGAACCCGCUACUAACAUGGAUCAUCGUCUUCGUUCUAGAGGAGAAAAGAAAGUUUUCUCUGGGUUUACAACAGCCGAGACGGAGAAAAUGGAGAGAGUACUAAAGGAAUCAGGGGAACAUCCUCUAGGUCCAGAGGUCUUUAAGAAUUUGACAAAAGGAUUCAACCGUUCUGCAGGUCGUGCCGGAAAACCUGUUUUAAAGUGGACCGAGGUCCAAAGUUGGUUCCUCGAUAGGCAGCAAGGUCUCAUGUCAAAAGAUACAUCGCUUACUGGCAUGUACAAAUUGCCAGCUUCCCAAGAAGCUUGUGCCUUGAAGAACAUGAAUGAGACUUCUGAUAUGUCUAAAGGUGAAAAAGUUCUAGAUCUGUCGAAGUUGGAGUUCGAGGCAAAGUCAUCGGAUGACGCUUGGUAUGAUGUGGAGACUUUUAUUACACACAGAUUUCUUAGUUCAGGCGAACCCGAAGUUCUUGUAAGAUAUAUUGGUUUUGGAACAGAAGAGGAUGAAUGGGUCCCUGUUAAAAAUGUGCGUUUACGAUCUGUCCCUCUUGAGCACUCUGAAUGCAAUAAAAUCAUGAUCGGAGAUAUUGUACUUUGCUUCCAAGAGAAAACAGAUCAAGCAAGAUACUACGAUGCUCAAGUUAUAGAUAUUCAACGAAAGUUGCAUGAUAUAAGGGGCUGCAGAUGCAUUUUUUUUAUUCGAUACGAGCAUGAUAACUCGGAGGAAAGUGUUGGGUUGAAGAGACUGUGUUGCCAGCCGGAGUAUUAGAUACGCCAUUCUUCUGUCGACAUAUAUAUAUAUA